UCCCGGCCGGCCCCUCAACGGUAAAAGAAAAAAUCACACGGAACCCAUCGAACAUUGCCACCGCGAUUCAUGUCGUUGGCGGACGCAGAGUGCAAGAAAUCAAAAUGGCUUCAUCAAAUGAAGGGGCAAGUUUAGGUUUCAAGAUUUACAUUCUCUUAGUCCUGACCCUCAAUGCUACUGGUUACAUCCUGUUGAUCCGCUACACCCGGUCACAGGCUGGGACACUGUACUCGUCCACCACCACAGUUGUCCUGACGGAAGUCUCCAAGCUCCUCAUUAGCCUCCUCCUCUUGGUCAAGGAGCACCGUAGCCUGUCGGGGAUGUUCCAUGAUGUCUGGAGUGGCGUCUUCAUGAACCCCAGGGACACCUUCAAGAUGUGCGUGCCAUCCAUUAUCUAUGCCAUUCAGAACAACCUAGCCUUCGUGGCCCUGUCAAAUUUGGAUGCUGCCACUUACCAGGUUUCCUACCAGAUGAAGGUUAUAACCACAGCUAUGUUCAUGGUCCUCAUGUUGCACAGAAGUUUGUCCAAAUUCCAGUGGUUGGCCAUUAUUCUGCUGUUUGUUGGCGUUGCCAUGGUACAGGUUGAGUCGGCCACAGGCACCAAGGGUGGAGAAGCUCACUACAAUUACCCAGUUGGAUUGCUCUGCAUUGUCAUCUCGUGUUUGUGUUCAGGGUUUGCUGGUGUUUAUUUUGAGAAAGUGUUAAAAGGAACCAAUACAUCACUGUGGAUACGAAAUGUUCAGAUGUACAUGUUUGGUAUCGUGAGUGGGCUGAUUGCUGUGGUCUCUACAGAUCGUGGUGUUAUCUUAGAGAAAGGAUUCCUGCACGGCUAUGAUAUCUUAGUAUGGUUGGUAGUUGCCAUGGCUAGCAUAGGUGGCCUCUACACAUCUGUUGUCGUCAAGUACACAGACAACAUCAUCAAGGGUUUCUCCACUGCCGUGUCCAUCAUCCUUGCCGCCGUGGGCUCCUUUCUUCUCUUCCACAAGACAUUUGGAGUGCUGUUUGUCAUUGGCACCGUGCUCGUAAUAUGUGCAGUUUACCUGUACAGUCUGCCAAAGCCCCCAGCUGCCAAGCCCCUGACACAACCGAGAGAAACAGUUUAAAAGUGCAAUGUGCAUUGACCACCCAUAGUAUAAUUUAUUUCUUAGCUUUUUUUCCGCCCUCAGACACCUGUCGUUGGGCCCUUUGCUUUGGCAGUAUUUGCCUGAUUCCAAACAGUCAAGAUGCUGUUCUGUAAUGACGCAUCAGCCCAGAUAUCUGUACAUGCUUCAUUUAAUUCCUUGUGAUGCGUUCUGAAGAGAGCAUUACUGACUAUAGCCUAUUAGAGGUCUCAGCAAGAAGUGCCUACUUGAUAUUGUCAGGCAACAGGUAUUGACGUAGCAUUUCUUUCCUUGUUGGCAGUGGUAUGUUCAUACUGGAUUUGUCAUAUAAGUGACAGAAAGGGGGAAAUCUGGACUCUUCAAGAUGCUGGAACUACCGUAGUUAUCACAUGACAACUCUGUAUAAUAUACUUUACAUUAAUGAAGUAUUUUUAACACUACAUUUAAUAGUAGCAAUUUGCAUUCCACAUUUUGUAUGAUGGAAAAUGCAGACUUGCAAGUCAGGCUACAUUUGUGCUAAAUUUGUAAACAAAAAUGAUUCUUUUGCCACAGCCACUGAAGAAGCAAUGACCAUAACUGAUUACGGAAACAACACUCACCCAGUAAUCAGCAAUUACAAGAGUGUUUGUUUCCUGCUGAAACUUACUCCUGUACUCAGUCAAUAAUGAUAACAAAAGAAAUAGGUUUGCAGGUACAACAUGAAAUCAAUGUCUUUUUGGCGAGGUGUGGUUCUUAAAAGAACCGGUGAGUUGAUCUCUCACCUGUUCUUUUAAGAACCACACCUCGCCCAAAAGAGAUUGAUUUCAUGUUGUACCUGCACACCUAUUUCUCAUGUCUCUUCCCCCAUGCAAAGCUUCAUAUCUUACUUAAUGAUAAUAAAGGCAUGCUCUGCUUUCCGCUUAAAACUGUAUUUGCUGUUUUAGGAUUUGUUUUAGGUUGCAUAGUGGAUUAUUCAUGUUUAGCCAAGCAUGGGUGAGCACAUUGUUUGAUGACAGUUUUUGACUUUCGCUCAUUCCUCGACAGCCACUGAUUUCUUUUUUUUUUUUUUUUUUUUGAUGUCUAAAGAUUUUAAAUAAAGCAUUUCCAAUGUGAUACUUCAUGGUUUCUUUUUUACCCUACCUUGGCAAAGAAUGGUAUUUGGUUCGGCUCAAGCCAAAAUUGAGCAGAAAUUAUCCAAGUAUCCCUUGCCACUAGGAAUACAUCGUGGAUGUCUUCAGGGACAUGCUGUCUGAAUUCACAAUAGCUUAAGCAUUUGGAGAAAAUGAUUACGAAGAAAUUUACUCUGUCUUCGCCGUUAAUUGCAAACAGCUGAACUGGUUUUGCAUAGGAUAUAUUGCAGGGUUAUUAUCUCGACUGCAUUUUUAUAUUCAAAAUUAUUGCUAAUCAUGAGGAAGAAAAUAGCACUUACAGCAAUUAUUGCCAAACAUUAUUCAUUUAAUGUAUUUUAAUUCCCCAUGGUUUGACAUACUUUCAACUAUUUUCAGAAAUGGGUUUUUUAGCCAAGCAUUGAAUAUAUGGUUAUGAAUAUUAGGCCUUUGGGCUGAGACUAGAGUAGGCCUUGUUUUUGCCUUUGUGUGGUGAUAUUUUGCUUGUUUUUAACUUCAGCAAUGCCAUGGUGUAAAUAUGUAAAAUGUCACCAUAUUUAAUGUAAAUUUCAUGAAAGGUUCCACUGAAUUCAUGGUUAUAAAAUGUGGCAAAGCUACAGAAAACACAUGUACUCAUUUUCAGAGUGCAUUUAAAACUGAGAAUUGUAAUCAGAUUAUGUACGAAAACUAAUAGUUGUGCUUCAGUGAGAUUAUGACAAGUUAAAGGCAUCUCAACUGAAGGAAAUAAAUUCUUCUGGAAAUGGUUUAUGAAGUCAAAUUCACUUUGCUUUUGCCUUCACCAGAAGAAUGAACCUACCAUAUGAAGGGAAUGUAUUCACAGCAUUUUUUGGCGGGGGGGGGUGUUACAUUGAGAUUUAAUGCCUUAGAAGAGAUGAUUCUGAAAAUAUUAUUCAUUGAAAAUUUGGCGCUUUUAGAUUUCUUUAAAUUGCAAGGCACACAGAUGUGAUAAAUUAUUUUUUUAGCCAGUUAUGGAUGCCUCCUUCCGUUGGCAGGCCCAACUGGAUCAAUUUUGGAUUACCUGUUGUGAUCACAUGACUCUGCUUACUUGCACUUGAAUGUGAAGUGUUACUUCAGCGUGUUAUCCUAUUUCACUGGUUAGAAAGGAAUUUUGGCUUGUGCACAUUGACUGCAGUUUCUUUGCCAGUACUGUAAGCAGUUUAUGGUGAUUACAAUCAGAGUGGGUGAUGGUCAGUUAGCAAAGCCAUGAAAUCAGUCCCAUUUCAAGAAACUGACGAGAAGACAAAUUUCCACAGAGAAAUUCAACAGGCUGGAAAAUGAGUCGUCCGUUUCCUAUCUACAUGGAUGUAGAUUUGUCCAACAAGCGGAUCUGUUUUGUUUGCUUUAGGGUGCUAAUUUCCUCCUUUCCUACUCCAACCUUGUACCCCAUCCUGUACCUUUGUCAACAUUUAUUUAUUUCAUCCAGCGCUUUGUCUAAAAUAGUUCCUAAAUUUCUUUCAAUUUUUGUUUGUUUUCAAGUGACUAGUUGAGCAUGAAGUAGUUUCAGUUUAUGCAGUCAUGGGUUUGUUUAGGUAAGAAUUUUUCCCAUCGACUAUUAUUGUAUCAACGAAGAAAAGGUGUAUGUACUUAUCAGUGGAGCUUGUACAAAGUUUUGGAUUUAAAUGAGCGACUCUUUAUGAUUUUUUUGUUCGAUUGUAAUAAAGCUGUUUGUGUAAAAAGUGUUUUGUGGAGCUAAUUCCCAUGAGUUGAAUAAAAAUUAGUUGUUUCAUCGUA